GAGAGAGAGAGAGAGAGAGAGAGAGAGAGAGAGAGAGAGAGGGAUGGGGUUGUGCGUCUCGAGGCCGGACAGGUGCGUGGGAGGGCGGCGGAGCUCGCCGGGAGGGACGCGGCGGCGGCGGAGGAGGCCGACCAAGUGGCGGGCGGCGACGCGGAAGGUGAUGGAGAGGAUCGAAGAGGCCCAGGGGUUGGACGGGGCCGAUCCCAUGUCUUACAGCAACCCCGCGUUCCAAGUUAUGGUGUCAGCCACGACCGUCGAAGAAGCAUGGUUUGACACUUUCUCUGCUAUAGAAUCAGAUGAGGAGGAUUUCCAUAGUGUUCAAGAUGGUGAAUUCACAAUGAGCCCUACAUCCUAUACAGAUGACAACCUUGGAGCGAACGACCCAAAUGCUUUCACCAGCAAUUCUAUUGAUGGAAAGCAGAAGGGACUAAAAUUAGGGGAGCAGUUGUCAGUGAACUUGGAGAAUACUGCAAAAGCCUUUGUAAGUCAUGAGGAUGUGUCAGUCAUUUCUGUGGAUGAGAAUGCUGGUCACAGUGACAGGGGGAUUUUGAACAAUUGUGGUAUCCUUCCAAACAACUGUUUGCCUUGCCUUGUUGUUGCAACGUCCACAAUUGAAAAGAGAAAAUCCCUAAGCAACAGUCCACCAAACUCGGCCAAAAAGGCUUCUUUGAAGCUUUCCUUCAAGCGGAAGUCAGGGGAAGCACAUGCUACAUCAACACUAUUUUCUACAAAGGCCUUUCUCGAAAAGCCACUAGCAGGAUCUCAAGUCCAAUUCUGCUUGCUGGAAAAGAAAAUGCUUGAUAGCUGGUCGUUCAUUGAACCCAAUACAUUCAGAGUGCGGGGAGAACAUUACCUUAGGGAUAAGAAGAAAGAGUUUGCUCCAAAUUAUGCAGCAUACUGUCCUUUUGGUGUUGAUGUCUACCUGUCUCAGCAGAAAAUUAAUCACAUUGCUCGAUUUGUGGAACUUCCCAUCUUCAAUCCAUCUGGCAAGUUCCCACCUAUUCUUGUGGUUAACAUUCAGAUUCCACUCUAUCCUGCUACCAUAUUUCAGAGUGAAACCGAUGGUGAAGGAAUAAGUUUUGUGUUAUAUUUUAGGCUCUCUGAAGGCUAUUCUAAGGAACUUCCAUCGCAUUUCUUGGAGAAUAUUCGAAGGUUAAUCGAUGAUGAGGUAGAAAGGGUCAAAGGUUUUGCUAUGGAUACAUCAGUUCCCUUCAGAGAAAGGUUAAAAAUACUUGGUCGUGUAGCAAAUUUGGAGGAUCUUCCUCUAAACGCUGCUGAGAGGAAGCUUAUGCAUGCCUACAAUGAGAAGCCAGUUCUGUCCCGUCCUCAGCAUGAUUUCUACUUGGGUAAAAAUUAUUUCGAGAUAGAUUUGGACAUGCACAGAUUUAGUUACAUCUCAAGGAAAGGAUUUGAAGCAUUCCUUGACAGGCUGAAGCUGUGUGUCUUGGAUUUUGGCCUAACGAUACAGGGAAACAAGGCAGAAGAAUUGCCAGAGAAUAUACUAUGUUGUGUACGGUUAAAUGGGAUUGAUUAUACCAAAUACCUUCAACUUGCAGCACAUUGACAUCAAGUACAAAGGUUUCCAAACAUCUUAAGUGAUUGUUAAUAGAUCAACAUUUUCAAAUCAACAUGCACCAGUGCAACUUAAGCAGCUGUUAAUAAACAUGAAGAAUGACUUGCUGAAGCAGCCGUGGAUGGAAUGAAGAAGACUUGUGCAAAUUCUCUGAAGAAGCCCUAUUUUGACAUGGGAUUCAUGUCAAUAAUUUUGAUUGUUUGGUAGAUUGUCAGGAAUUUUGUUGUAAAAAAUAUCAAUCGAAGCAAUAGGCAAAACAGCAACUAUUUAUAGGCUGCAUGUAAGAGAGUCAUAAGGUGAGAGUCAUAUGAAUGAUUAGCCUUCUUAAGAUGUCACCCAAGACAUCAUUGCUGUAGUA